AUGAAAGGCUCCACCUUCUUCAUAUUCACCCCCUGUUACCAUGUUGAGACAUUCUCUACAUCCAGAGAGCAACCUCAGGAAGAUCAGAGAGAUAAGAGGUCUCAUCACUGCCCACAUUGUGAAGAGAUUUUCCCAUUUCUAUCAAAGCUAAAAAUACAUCUAAAAAUACACACAGGAGAGAAGCCUUACUCCUGCUCUGACUGUGGAAAAUGCUUCAAAACAUCAACUCAUCUAAAAGUUCAUCAGAAGACUCACACAGGAGAGAAGCCUUAUUACUGCUCUGACUGUGGAAAACGUUUUAAAACAUCAACUCAGCUAAAAGUUCAUCAGAAGACUCACACAGGAGAGAAGCCGUAUUACUGCUCUGACUGUGGAACUAGUUUCUCUAAUCUGGGCACCUUAAAAACACACCAACGUAUACACACAGGAGAGAAGCCCUACUCCUGCUCUGACUGUGGAGCGAGUUUCUCUAAUCUGGGCACCUUAAAAACACACCAACGUAUACACACGGGAGAUAAGCCUUACGUCUGCUCUGACUGUGGAAAAUGCUUCAAAACAUCAACUGAGCUAAAAGUUCAUCGGAGGACACACACAGGAGAGAAGCCGUAUUACUGCUCUGACUGUGGAACUAGUUUCUCUCAACUUUCCCACUUAAAUUCACAUGAACGUAUACAUACAGGAGAGAAGCCUUACUCCUGCUCUGACUGUGUCAAAUAUUUCAAAACAUCAAAUGAGCUAAAAGUUCAUCAGAGAACACACACAGGAGAGAAGCCUUACGUCUGCUCUGACUGUGGAAAAUGCUUCAAAACAUCAACUGAGCUAAAAGUUCAUCGGAGAACACACACAGGAGAGAAGCCGUAUUACUGCUCUGACUGUGGAACUAGUUUCUCUCAACUUUCCCACUUAAAUUCACAUGAACGUAUACAUACAGGAGAGAAGCCUUACUCCUGCUCUGACUGUGUCAAAUAUUUCAAAACAUCAAUUGAGCUAAAAGUUCAUCAGAGAACACACACAGGAGAGAAGCCUUUCUUCUGCCCUGACUGUGGUACUAGUUUCUCUCAACUUUCAAACUUAAAUUCACAUGAACGUAUACAUACAGGAGAGAAGCCUUACUCCUGCUCUGACUGUGUAAAAUAUUUCAAAACAUCAUCUGAGCUAAAAGUUCAUCAGAGAACACACACAGGAGAGAAGCCUUACGUUUGCUCUGACUGUAUAAUUUGCUUCAAAACAUCAACUGAGUUAAAAGUUCAUCAGAGAACACACACAGGAGAGAAGCCUUAUUCUUGCUCAUACUGUGGAAAAUGUUUAAAAACAUCAAAUGAGCUAAAAGUUCAUCAGAGAACACACACAGGAGAGAAGCCUUAUUACUGCUCUGACUGUGGAAAAUGUUUAAAAACAUCAAAUGAGCUAAAAGUUCAUCAGAGAACACACACAGGAGAGAAGCCUUACGUCUGCUCUGACUGUGGAAAAUGCUUCACAACAUCAACUCAUCUAAAAGUUCAUCAGAGAUCACAUACAGGAGAGAGGCCUUAUUACUGUUCUGACUGUGGAAAAUGUUUUAAAACAUCAAAUGAGCUUAAAGUUCAUCAGAGAACACACACAGGAGAGAAGCCUUUCUUCUGCCCUGACUGUGUAAAAUGUUUUAAAACAUCAACUCAUCUAAAAGUUCAUCAGAGAACACACACAGGAGAGAGGCCUUACUCCUGCUCUGACUGUGUAAAAUAUUUCAAAACAUCAACUGAUCUAAAAAUUCAUCAGAGAACACAUACAGGAGAAAAGCCUUACUCCUGUUCUGACUGUGGGGCAAGUUUCUCUCGACUGGAUACCUUAAAAAGACAUCAACAUAUUCAUGAAGGAGAGAAGCCAUACUCCUGCUCUGACUGUGUAAAAUGCUUCAAAACAGCAACUGAGCUAAAAGUUCAUCAGAGAACACACACAUGAGAGAAGCCUGCUUACGUCUCCUCUGACAUUCUGGUGAGUUUCUCUCACCAUAGCAACUUAACACACCAAUGUAUACACACAGGGGAGAAACCUUACUCAUGCUCUGUGGAGGGGUGGGAGUGUAAGUCAAACGUCUAGCCAAAGGCUGCGUGUUUGAAUCUCAUCAAGGAUGACUUUAGCAUUUUAGCUAAUUAGCAACUUUGCAACUACUUACUACUUUUUAGCUAUGUUAGCAUGUUAGCUAACCUUUCCCCUAAACCAAUUUAACUCUACCUUAAACUCCUCACCCCUAACCUAGCUAAUGUUAGCAACAACAAAUUGGCAUUCGUAACAUUUCAUACAUAUUACAAGUUCGGAAACAUAUUGUAUGAAUAGCAAUGCGUAAAAUAACAUACAAAUUGUAAUUCGUAACAUUUGAUACGUCCUACAAGUCGUAUUAUACUGAACAAUAAUCUAAACACAACAAUUUCAAAGAUUUACAGUUUUUAUAAGGAAAGCAGUCAAUUGAAAUAAAUAAACGAGGCCCUAAUCUAUGGAUUUCACAUGACUGGGCAGGGGCUCAGCCAUGGAUGGGACUUGGGAGGGCAUAGGCCCACUUGGGAGCCAGGCCCAGCCAAUCAGCAUGAGUUUUUCCCCACAAAAGGUCUUUAUUACAGACAGAAAUACUACUCAGCCCCCUCCCAGACAAUCCUAAAGGUGAAGAGGUCCUGGACUGCCGUGGUUACAUGUGAUCUGCAGUUGUGAGGCCGGUUGGAUGUACUGGCAAAUUCUCUAAAAGGAUGUUAGAGGUGGCUUAUGGUAGAGAUAUAAAUAUUGAGUUCUCUGCCAACAGCUCUGGUGGACAUUCCUGCAGUCAUCAUGAGAUUUGCACAUUCCCUAAACUUGAGACAUCUGUGACAUUGUGUUGUGUGGCCUUUUAUUGUCCCCCAGCACAAGAUUAUCUUGACAAAGGCUGAAAUGCUCACUAACAGGGAUAUAAACAAAUGUGUUAACAACAUUUGAGAGAAAUAACCUUUUUGUGCAAAUGGAACAUUUCUGGAAUUUUUUACUUCAGUUCAUGAAACCAAGAUUUUACAUGUUUCGUUUAAAUUUUUGUUCAGCUUAUAUUGGUAGGCCAAUGUAAUGUAACAUACUAAAUGGAAUGGCACAGAUAUUUUUGUAACAUAUAAUACAUUUUGCUCUGAGACCAGGUUGUCCCUCUGCAGUAUUCUGUGGAAAUGAGUUAGUAGACACUUCUUUUUUACCUUUAUCUAACUAGGCAAGUCAGUUAAGAACAAAUUCUUAUUUAAGAUGAUGGCCUAGGAACAGUGGGUUAACUUCCUUGUUCAGAGGCAGAACAACAGAGUUUUACCUUGUCACCUCGGGGAUUCGAUCUAGCAACCUUUUGGUUACUGGCCCAAUGCUCUAACCACUAGGCUACCUUCCGCCCCUAACAUGUAUCAGAU